AUGCGUACUCUUGCGGGGCUAGUAUGGCCCUUCCAGGGCUCAUUACUACCAGUAAUCCUAUCCAUCGCUCCAAAUAGCCUUCAAUGCCUAGCCUUGAGUGAAAGGUUUUACAACAACUACCUCGAGGCGCAAUCCCUUCUAAGAGGCGGAAUUGGGACUCGCGCUCUCCGAGACCUUGACCAAUUUGAGCAUCGCUCUCAUCUGCCUCGGUGCGAGAUGGGUUAUAUAAAAAAUCAAAAACAUUUCCUCUGCAACAUAAACUACGGUUCGAGUGAGGAUCUCCCAACUAUGGAUUCUAUUCCUACAGAAGACCAUAGAGCUAUCGAACUUAAAGUUGCAGUAGCCGAUCCAGCAAUGGCCACUAUGACCCUCCGAAUCGAAAUUUCAACGGCCACCCUUCCAAAUGUCAAUGCGCAGUUACCCACCGUCAUAUCGGUCGUAUCAUCUACUAUUGUCACACCUUUGGCUACCGAGGAACAUCGGAAAUACCACCACAGUUACCAUCACGAUGACGGCAGAAUCACAGAAUCUUCCGGAGAUCCAGAAUCAAUCGAAUUUGGGGACAGAGGUGGUCCUCUCGGCGGAGAAUUUUUUAGUAGGCUCGAAUACACUAGUACUGCUUAUCCCACACCAACUCGUAUGACUGGCCUUAGCAGAGGAGAACUGAUAAAAUUGGAGAUGAACUUCGAACAAGUGGCAAAAGCGGACUCAGCUUCAGCAUCCGCUAGUUUAUAUCUAUCCUACAAUCCUAUGUGGGACACGAUAGCAAUCACUGGGUCACAUACAGCAUCUAUCGCAACUUGGACAACAUCUACUAUGUAUGACGUUGUCAAUGUCUCCCCUUUCCCAUAUGGUCCGGAGACAGAAUUCAAAUACUGGGUCAGUGGAGAAAUUGACGUUGCGGUUAGCAGACUUAGUGAGGUCUGUCGCCGUAUCGAAGAGGUCGCCUCUAAAACAAAAUUCAUCCCUAUUUUAACAGAAGUUCUACCCGUGUCCUCUAGUCCUAAAAAAAACGUCACUUUGCAAGGAAGUUUCUUUGGAAUAGCUGUAUACAAUUCCGCUACCGCAACUUGGAAUGGACGUUGGGGCCCCUACGAUAGCGUGGCGAGAACUCUCCCGUUCAAUGCCACCGUCAGCGGAGCCGAUGGGCCAUAUACACGAUUUAUUUCUGAAGAUUGGUCUGUAAAUCGACCCUUCUCAGAGGGGAAUGAGGCAGAUCUUAUCAAAAGUUAUGCAGAAAUUGGGCCCAUUGGCAUGGUUUCUCAAGUUGGCCUAUGGCAUACCUACCGGUUCAAAGAUUCAAAUACAUGGGGUCGCUCGAACCCUCUCGCUAGGGAAACUCGAGUCCCAAUCCGCAUCGACGCCGUUGGCUCUACAAAUGCACUACUUACAGCUCGGGGCGCUGUAACGAUUACCGUCCCCGCGGUCACAGAAAUCGUCACCCAAACAAAAACCGUCACGAAUACCCAUAUUCCUCUCUUUGGUCGGUUUGCAAAAGCCAAGGGUACGUCAGCAGAGAGGAGAACCGACCAGGGAUCCCGCUUCCUCCUAUGGCUCCCCUGGAUCAUUUUCUUCUGGGUCCUCAUUUUCAUCUGCUCUUUUUCUCUCAUUUGGCACCGUUUAUCCGGCUUCAUAGAAAGGCAAUGGCGCAGGCUGGUCCGAUUCUUUCGGCCCGAAAUUGAACCAACUGAUUCGUCGUUUUGGAAUAUCAUACCAACGAUUCGAAGGCCAGCGGUGCGAAAGGUUUCAGGUAGCGAGGUCAUCGAUCCUGCAAGGCUUCAAUCAGCCCGUCAUAGAGGAAGCAAAGAAUCAUUCCAAUCUGUUGAACUGGACUGA